GUAUUCUUGAAAUAACUGCAGUUGAUGUUGGAAUCGUUGCCAUCAAGGGCUUGUUCUCUGGCAGGUACCUGGCCAUGAACAAAAGGGGCAGACUUUAUGCAUCAGAAAAUUAUAAUGCAGAGUGUGAGUUUGUGGAGAGGAUCCAUGAAUUGGGUUAUAACACCUACGCGUCCCGCCUCUACCGGACUGUACCUAACAGAGCCGGCACCAAGCGCAAAGCCAGUGCAGAGAGACUCUGGUAUGUCUCAGUCAAUGGGAAAGGACGACCCAGAAGGGGCUUUAAAACUCGCAGGACACAGAAAUCAUCUCUCUUCCUGCCCAGAGUAUUGGAUAACAAAGACCAUGAAAUGGUCCGACUGUUCCACACAAACGUGAAAUAUCGGGAGAGUUUUCUGAAGCCUUCAAGCAAGAACCAGCGAAGGAGGAGAGGACGUUGA